AGAGGGGGGAGGGAGGAGAAAGAGAGGAGGAGAGAGGGAGAGGAGAAAAGGAGAUUGAUCAUUUAAACGUCCUGGGCCUAUAGUAUUCCUCUGGACCGAAAAAAAAAAAAAAAAAAAAAAAAAAAAACUCUACAUCUUAUUUCUUCUGCAUCCAAAGCUGCAUUGUUUUUUUCACCUUUCACGGAGGUUUGAAGGUUCUUUUCUUUCUUUUUUUUCCUUUCUUUUUUUUUUUCCUCUUUUCUUUUAUUUUGGGUUAUUCCCACCCAGGAGACGUGCCACCACCACCACCACCACCAGCAGUAGCAGCAGCAGCAGUAACAGCAGUAGCAGCAGCAGCAGCAGCAGCAGCAGCAGAGGAAUAUCUCCAAAUAUCCCAUCCCGGGCACGUCGGAUAAGCCGCAGCAGCGAAAAACACGAGGCGAAUAUUGCGGUGGACGCGCACAGGAACAUGGUCCGUGGGAUUUCACUCCACACACCCUGGCUGGGAGCCGGUUUAGGCUUGUUAUGGUGGUGACCGGAAGGAAAGAGUGACAGAGGAACAGUGAUGCUACUGUUUACAUAACGAGAGAUCCACACAUCCACACACACACUCACACACACAUGCUCAAUCGACACACACACACUUUUGCCUAAACACUUACACACAUACAUACAGAUACGUAUUCAAGGGACUCACUGACUGAGUCACAACACACUCAGAGGCACAGAAGCACUGACUCACACACAGGAGCAAGCACACAUACACAGACUAAUACACAAAGGGGAAAGGUUGUUUGCAAGGGCCAGGACUGUUGGUUGUGUGUUUGCUAUGGGCCAGGCUGAGCAAGAGUCGAGUGGGAGUGUCGGACACCUCUGAGGGGUCAACACCGUCAUAACCCUUACCCUCCCUUCGGUCCUGUCCGUUUUCCUUUCCCUCUUAAAGCCACCCCGAAAAACACAUCAUCAUGUCCAAGCUAAAGAAAAUGAUCCUCCCCUUGCGAUCUAUCCCGUCCUUUUUGCUCUCCUUUUGUCUUUCAAGCUUUUCGUCCCCUUUUGCUUUUCUAUCCCUACUCCACUCGCUCUGCAUCGUCCUUUCUUUCUAUCCGGCCCCUUCCUACGCACAACAGACUGUGCCUGUCAUUUCCACGGCACAGGGGCGCAUCCGUGGGAUCCUGACCCCACUACCCUCUGACCUCCUGGGGCCUGUCAUCCAGUACCUGGGUGUACCCUACGCCAGGCCUCCUACGGGGGACCGCCGCUUUCAGGCGCCCGAGCCACCUUUACCUUGGCCAGGAAUCCGAAAUGUGACGCAGUUCGCUCCAGUGUGUCCACAGUCGCUAGAUGAGAGGAGCAUGCUGGGAGAUAUGAUGCCGUCUUGGCUUACGGCUAACCUGGAUAUAGCAGCGACUUACCUCACUCACCAGAGCGAGGAUUGUCUCUACCUCAAUAUCUACGUGCCCACUGAGGAAGACAUCCAUGAGGAGGGGGGUCAGCGGCCGGUGAUGGUCUAUGUCCACGGUGGCUCAUAUACAGAAGGCACUGGAAACAUGAUGGAUGGCAGUGUCCUGGCAAGUUAUGGCAAUGUCAUUGUCAUAACCCUCAACUAUCGCUUAGGAGUAUUGGGGUUCCUUAGUACGGGGGACCAGGCAGCUAAAGGGAACUAUGGUUUGUUGGAUCAGAUCCAGGCUUUGCGCUGGGUGAAGGAGAACAUUGCAGCUUUCGGAGGAGAUCCAAACAGGGUCACUGUGUUCGGAUCUGGGGCUGGAGCUUCUUGUGUCAGCCUGCUCACCUUGUCUCACUACUCUGAGGACCUGUUUCACCGGGCCAUCAUUCAGAGUGGGAGCGCUUUAGCCAGUUGGGCUGUCAACUACCAGCCUAGCAAGUACGCUCGACAACUCGGUGAGCGAGUGGGAUGUGGGAUAGACGACAGCACCCAACUGGUUGCCUGCCUCCAGGGCCGAAGUUACCGUGAACUCGUGGAGCAGAACAUAACUCCAGCGAAAUAUCAUACAGCCUUUGCCCCGGUGAUUGAUGGUGAUGUUAUACCUGAUGACCCCCAGAUUCUGAUGGAGCAGGGAGAGUUUUUGAACUACGACGUGAUGCUGGGGGUUAAUCAGGGCGAGGGGGUGAAGUUUGUGGAAGGCAUUGUGGAUUCCGAGGAUGGCGUCACUGCUGAGGACUUUGACUUUGCUGUUUCAGACUUUGUGGAUAGUUUGUAUGGAUACCCAGAAGGCCGAGAUACACUAAGAGAGAGCAUAAGGUUCAUGUACACAGACUGGGCUGACCGGGACAACGCAGAAACACGGCGGAAAACUUUGGUAGCACUGUUCACAGAUCACCAAUGGGUGGCGCCAGCAAUUGCCACUGCUGAUCUCCAUGCUCAGUAUGGAUCGCCCACCUACUUCUAUUCCUUUUACCACCACUGCCAGAGUGACGCCACACCACCGUGGGCUGACUCUGCACAUGGGGACGAGGUGCCUUAUGUGUUUGGCGUGCCCAUGGUGGGACCCACUGAUCUGUUCAACUGUAACUUCUCCAAGAACGACGUGAUGCUGAGUGCAGUCGUCAUGACUUACUGGACCAACUUUGCAAAGACUGGUGAUCCAAACCAGCCAGUUCCUCAAGAUACAAAGUUCAUCCACACCAAACCCAACCGCUUUGAGGAAGUGGCCUGGUCGAAGUACACGCCUAAAGAGCAGCUUUAUCUCCACAUUGGCCUGAAGCCCCGUGUCAGAGACCACUACCGCGCCACCAAAAUCUCCUUCUGGCUCCAGCUGGUCCCUCACUUGCAUCAUGUAAAUGAACUGCUCCAGUCUGUGUCCUUCACGCAUAGUCCGUCUCCGCAGGACGACACCCCGUACUCAUACACCAAACGUUUAUCUAAGACCUGGCACCCGAGCAGCACCCGUCACCCUGGUUCACAAGCAGGGACCCCGCAGCCGCCGGAGUCUGCGGGCCAAGGGGGUGGCGGCGAAACCGGGGUUCGCGUCCCUAAUGAGGACUACUCUACAGAGCUGUCUGUGACCAUUGCAGUGGGAGCUUCACUGUUGUUUCUGAACAUCCUUGCUUUCGCCGCUUUGCUGUACAAGAAAGAUAAAAGGCGUCUGGAGCACCGUAGGCCACGUCCGCUUCCGCCCCCGAGACGAGACAUCACGCCUGCAGAUGUAGCCGCCCACCUGCAGGGUGAAGGUCUGAUGUCAUUACAGGUGAAGCAGCUGGACUGUGAUGCAGCCUCAGCGGAUGAAAGGAAUAACACCCACCACCAUCACACUCUGGACACGUUGGACGCCCUGGACGGCUUGGAUACCCAGGACAUCUACAGCACACUGGAUACCGUGCGUCUCACCUGCCCGCCUGAUUACACCCUCACCUUACGCCGCUCGCCUGACGACGUCCCCCUCAUGACCUCUCUGACCCCAGGAUCACUGCCGGUGACCCCCGGGUCACACCCUGUUACCCCUGCAACACCAAUGACCCCCAUGACACCCGGAUCAGUGGUGGGGAUGAGGAUGGGGCAUCCUCACCAGGGCUAUACACAUCAUAGCCCGUAUAGUAACACACACUUGCCACACACACACAUUUCUACACACACACACUCCACUACACGUGUAUAACCACAGCAAGAUACUCACAACACACAUUCACAUAUAAACACACCUACACAGACAUACACACUUAAAACAAAAGACUUAAAUACCUCUACUAAUUACCCUGCAGGAUUGUUACAGAUGGAGUGACAGAGAGACGUUAUCAGUAACAGGAUGAAAAGACAGACAGCUGUGUGUUGCAUGUUGGGAAACUGAAAACAAAGCGGAUCCCGGGAGAUGCAGUUCUAUGCAUCAUUCACACAUAAAAUGGAAAAAAAGACAAGCCAAGACAUUUAUCAACUGUCUGAAAACCUGCUUUGGAUAUUGACUCUUCUGCUUUUUCUACACCAGAGGAAGAGGAGCGCGGUAGCAAACGGGUCAGUUAUGGAUCAGUUUACUUUUCCUACUGUACCUGAGCUGCACAGAGGAGCAGUGCUGGGACCGAGCAGAACAGAGCAGAUGCAGAAACUGAACUAAGAAGUACCACACACAGACUGCUGAUGUCAACUUGAACAACCUGUGAAAUGUGAAUGUAGCAUUUUUUCAUUAAAAGAUCAAAGGCCCAAUCUGCCAAGGAUCAAAAUAAGCUGCGGAGAAAAAUAACACAUUUCAGCGAGAGAUGGAUGUAAAAACAGAGAGAGAGAGGAAAGAGGGGAUUAAAAAAAAAAAAAAAAAACAACAUUAGCUGAAGGAAAAGUUAGUCAGAUGGUGGGAAAGAGAUUACGUUUUUAUUGAGAGGGAUUUAACAGCUGCGAGAGCAAGAAAGAUGAAGUGAGAUAGAGUGAUAUGGAAAACACAGAAAUGGAAAGUAUGCCAAGAGUCAGAAAUUAGCUUGAGAAGAAGAAAAGGGCCUCUGAAGUGUUGCCAGACUUACUGAAGAAUCACUCUAACCAGCUAUGUGUUAAACUCUUGUAAAUAGAAUGGAAAGACACAGAUGAUAUAUUAUGGUUUAUAGCAUUUACCUGCUCUUGCAUUAAAAACAUGACUUAUUUAACCACAUUAUUGCUUUCAUUUCAGAUAUUACUAUAUUAUUGUAUAGAUGUCCUAAAGCGAGGCUGGUAGUCUUUCUAUCUCACCCACUGUAGUAUGUACACAGUACCUUAAUUUAAAGGCUAUAUUUGCUAUGCACAGUCAUUUCAAUAAUUCUUAACUAUGUAAGCAUCUAGACAAUUGUUUGGUAGUUGAAGUUAGAACUUUUUUUUAUGCCAUCCUGUCUAUUUGUUUGACCAUCAGAUGAUGAGCUAGUACUGUGUAGAUAAUGCAAUAUUGGUUUGAUGAUUGAGCACCAGCCAAAAACCAUUACCCUUAACCCUUUGGACCCAUCCUGUUUUCCUUUCCCUUUGUUCCCUUUCAAAAAUUCUAAACCCCCCCCCCCCUUAAUACCUUCAACGUAAAUACAGGGUUAUGGUGGUGAUGAUACAGGGAUCUUAAGCAACUGCAUUCUCCAAAACGUGCUUUCUGGUAUGACUCUUAUGAUAUGAGAGAGUCCCUGUUUGAACUACCUAAUGCUGAUUUGUCCAUGUAAAAAGCAAAAAGGCAAAAAUUGAAAGAAUUUGACUUGUUUUUUUUAUCUUAAUGUCACUGCUCUGUUUUAGAAAUGGUAAAAAUAAGAGCUCAAAAUCUGUGACAGUAAAACCCUGCGUAUUCAGUUUUGAGCAUCACCCAUAGUUGUACAAAAACACAGAUCCCUUCAUAUUAAAUCCAUGAGUUUAAGUUAUUAUUAAACACUAGGUUUUGAGUAUAAAGAACACCGAGACAGAGCUGAGGAAGAGGUUUGUGUGAGACUUUGAGCAAUUUUCCAUCCGAGGCAAAAGAAAAAAAAAAAAAAAAGCGCCUCCAAACAUACUGCUCUUUAAGCCUUAAACUCAUCUUAAUGGAAAAAUAUUUUUUUUAAAUUGCUACCUAGACACAUUUUUGAUGAUAAAUCCCCCCCUCCAGAUGACUGAUUCUGUAUCAGUAGCGAGGUUUGAGGUUUUCCUGCUGACCUACAUGCAGUGAGUGCUUGAGGGCCUUGGUGGUUACUGCUAUGUUUUAUCAUAAUGAAUUUCAUAAAAUCAAUUCCGAGCUAUUCGUAUUGAAAAGUCAUGAUGCAACACUCGUACGCUUGCCUGAAAAUAACAAAUUGCUCAUCUCUCUGGUUUCUACUGUAAAGAUAUAAACCUUGAAUGUGUGCAGCCAACCCCUAACUCAGAUAAUUUGACCUAAAAACCAGUAACUAAACCAAAGGCCCCAACUUUAUUGCCCCCCCCUCCCCUCUUUUUUGUCCUUGCCCUACCUUUACCUGUUUCCCAUCAUCCCUCUUGCCCCCCUCCCCUCCCUUUCCAGCCUCAUCUGUGCAAAUACAUGCUGCUUUGUCACAGUGGGGCCUAUUUAAUCUCCUCUCAUCCUAAGUAACUUCUUCAUGAAAGAUUUUAGUUAUUUCAACAGAACACAUGAAAAGAAAGUUGAACAAUUGUGGAUGGCAAGCAACAAACUUUUACAAAAAUGACAUAAAAAAGAACAUUUAACGGAUGUUUGAUUGAAUAUUUUUUUCAUAUGGGUUUACUGACUCAGCGGAUGGCUGGAUUGUGUCAAGCAUAAAACAUUUCUGCUGCAUUUUUGAAAAAUAAAAAUAUCAGUAUUUUACAAUUUA